AUGUUGACACCUGCUCACUCGUCCCGAGCCGCGGUGCGCUCGAUGGCCUCUCUGACACAUGCUGCAUCUCGAGUAUCGGCCAGCACCCCCGCAGUUGCCCGCACUGCUGUGGCUUUCACCCCCGCCUCUCUCGGUUGCCGUCGCCUUUUGAGCUCCAAUAGCCGAUCCCUUCAACAAUUCCCCCGCCUCCAGUCCUUGAACUCUACCUCCAGCAAGAGAGCCUUCAGCACCACCAUCAGAAUGUCUUCGGCUACCCGCACUGAAACCGAUGCCUUCGGUGAAAUCCAGGUCCCCGCGGACAAGUACUGGGGUGCCCAGACCCAGCGCUCUCUGGGUAACUUCGACAUCAACCAGCCCCAGGACCGCAUGCCCGAGCCCGUCGUCAAGGCUUUCGGUAUCCUCAAGGGUGCUGCUGCUACCGUGAACAUGAAGUUCGGCCUUGACCCUAAGAUCGGUGCGGCUAUCCAGCAGGCUGCCGCUGAGGUUGCGGAGGGCAAGCUCCUGGACCACUUCCCUCUCGUUGUCUGGCAGACCGGCUCCGGCACCCAGUCCAACAUGAACUCCAACGAGGUCAUCUCCAACCGUGCCAUUGAGAUCCUGGGCGGCGAGAAGGGCUCCAAGAAGCCCGUCCACCCUAACGACCACGUUAACAUGUCCGCCUCCUCCAACGACUCGUUCCCGACCGCUAUGCACAUUGCUGCCGUCCUGGAGCUCGAGAACACCCUGCUGCCUUCUCUGCAGAGCCUGCGUGAUGCCCUCCAGGUCAAGGUUGAGAACUUCGAGAAGAUCAUCAAGAUCGGUCGUACUCAUUUGCAGGAUGCCACCCCUCUUACUCUCGGCCAGGAGUUCUCCGGCUACGUUGCUCAGCUCGACCGCAACAUUGAGCGCGUUCAGUACACCCUCCCCCACCUCCGCUACUUGGCCCAGGGUGGUACCGCCGUCGGCACUGGCCUGAACACCUUCAAGGGCUUCGACGAGGCUAUUGCCGCCGAGGUCACUAAGAUGACCGGCACCGAGUUCAAGACCGCUCCCAACAAGUUUGAGGUCCUCGCCGCCCACGACGCCAUUGUUGAGGCCUCCGGUGCCUUGAACACCCUGGCCUGCUCUCUGUUCAAGAUCGCCCAGGAUAUCCGUUACCUCGGAUCCGGUCCCCGUUGCGGUCUUGGUGAACUGGUUCUCCCCGAGAACGAGCCCGGUUCCUCCAUCAUGCCCGGAAAGGUCAACCCCACCCAGUGCGAGUCCCUUACCAUGGUCUGCUCCCAGGUCAUGGGUAACCACGUCGCUGCCACCAUCGGCGGCAUGAACGGUCAGUUCGAGCUCAACGUGUUCAAGCCCGUCAUGAUCCGCAACCUGCUGCACAGCGUGCGCAUCCUUGCCGAUGGCAUGAAGAGCUUCGAGAAGAACCUGGUCCACGGACUUGAGGCCAACGAGCCCAGAAUCAACGCUCUCCUCCACGAGAGUCUGAUGCUUGUUACCUGCCUGAACCCCGUCAUUGGUUACGAUAUGGCCUCCAAGGUCGCCAAGAACGCCCACAAGAAGGGCCUCACUCUCAAGCAGAGUGCGAUGGAGCUGAAGGCUCUGAGCGAGGAGGACUUCGACAAGCACGUCCGCCCGGAGCUGAUGCUGAGCCCCAAGGAGAAGAAAUAG